GAUGAUUGCGUGACUCGUAUUCUCCGCCCCUAACUCAUGUGGCGUCCGUUUAAACUUGGCGAGUACAUAACAGGAGGCAGUGCGGUGUAAUCAGAAGCAGUGGAGUGCGGUUUGAGACACAGCCCUGUUCGUGUGGAAGCACUUAAUAACCAACGCGAUUAUUUAUUGUUCCUCACGAAUUUAUGGCUUUACACAUUGCUGGACUUUUCGCGUAGGACUUGCACAUGUGCCCACGCCUGUAGCACAGAGGCGGCGCUUUGUGUGUGUGUGUGUGUUUUGUUUGCAAGGUUUUUUGUUGUUGUUGUGUUUUCAUCGAUGUGCAUCUAUAAAUAAUCAAGUCGCAUCCAAAGUGGAUCUGGAAGAAGACUAAGAAGAGAAGCCUGAAUAUUGUAGCGCACUGAGAGAGAGAGAGAGAGAGAGAGAGAGAGAAAGAAAGGCCGGCGAGAAAGGCAUUCAUUUAUUUGGGCAUCAUGGGGAAACAGAACAGCAAGCUGCGGCCAGAGGUGCUGAAUGAUCUGCGUGAGAACACGGAGUUUAGUGAACAUGAGCUGCAGGAGUGGUACAAGGGAUUCCUGAAGGACUGUCCCACUGGUCACCUCACUGUGGAAGAGUUCAAAAAAAUCUACGCCAAUUUUUUUCCAUAUGGAGACGCCUCCAAAUUUGCCGAGCACGUCUUCCGGACAUUCGACACUAAUAGCGACGGGACUAUCGACUUCAGAGAGUUCAUCAUUGCACUCAGUGUGACAUCACGAGGAAAGCUGGAGCAGAAGCUGAAGUGGGCCUUUAGUAUGUAUGACCUAGAUGGCAAUGGUUACAUCAGCCGAGCAGAGAUGCUGGAAAUUGUACAGGCAAUCUAUAAGAUGGUUUCAUCUGUGAUGAAGAUGCCAGAGGAUGAGUCCACUCCAGAGAAGAGAACUGAUAAGAUUUUCAGACAGAUGGACACCAAUAAAGAUGGAAAGAUUUCUCUGGAGGAGUUUAUUAAAGGUGCCAGGAGCGACCCCUCGAUCGUUCGCCUUCUCCAGUGUGACCCGAGCAGCGCCAGUCAGUUCUGAGCACCACAAACACAAUGCAAUCUAACAGUGUUCACUCGAGUCCAAAGUGAGCAUGGUAAGUGUUUGUGUAAGGGUAGGAAUGUGGGUGUUCUCGAUAUCAUCACAUUUACUAGUUUGUCAGUGGCAUUAGGGACCAAUUUUGAAAUGUGAAUGCUAAAUAAAUGCCAGUAAGCACUUAUGUCAGUUUUAGUCUAAUCGACUGUUAACAAGACUAACACUUGUUAAGAACUAAGAAUAUAGUGUUGUGUGUAUUGUGUAUGUGUGUAUUAUAACAGCAGGUCAUAAGAGGAAAUGUUUAUAGAAGAGUUGUACUGUAUGGUACUGUAUUUUGCAUAAUUAGCAAUGCAUAAUCGGUCCUGUUUUACUUUAUUUUGAAAUAAAUAGGGUAAUUUGUGUGUAAUCUAUGAAAAUGCAUAGCACACUGAGCUUGUAGGUGUGAGAUAGUCGAUAUACAAAGUAUUAUUGCAUAAAAUGUAUUUAUUCUGAUGGCUGUGGCAAGUUCAGAUCUCAGUCUCCCAGAAUCAUAGAUGUAUGAAGUCUAGAUGUGACAUUAGCUGUUGCAAACAAUUUCAAUGUCUCGGCCAUGUUAAAGAUAAUUAAUAGGUAUAGCUCUAUUUUGACAAAAAUCUAACAAAAUUUGCUUUAUGGCCGACAGUUAUUGUUAAUGCAAAUUGGAUUAAAACUUAAAUGUACAUUAAGAUGUGAAAUGAUCAUGUGUUGAGCAUUCAUUUUACUACUACUGAUCAUUUUAAAUUCAAUAAAAACAAUUAUAAUACCCUAAUAAUAAAUCUGAUUAGAGAUUCCAAGAGUUACUUAUAAAAUCCAUGUAACAACGAACCAGCACUGACACAAUUAUAUAAAAACACAGAGUAUAAGCUUCGUGAAACAAUAACAAUACACACUGAUUACAAAUUCAUCGGCUAACAUAAUCUAGGCUAAAUCUAUAGCAAUUUAAACUAGCUUGAAUUACCCAACCUACCAAAAUCAACACUCAAUCACAAAUCCAAUAGUAAAACUAAUCUUAUCAAGUUAUAUACAACCAAACAAAAUACUAAGCCCAUUUAUUAUACUCAAUUCUACUCUAACAUGGUCUCAGUUUUUAGAGAAGCUAAACAGUAAUAAACAUUAAACUCACCUUGCUGAUUUGCCGCAAUCUGUCGCUUUAGUGAAAAAUGAUCGUUUGAUCAAUGAAUGUGAAGUGUCAAUGAAUCUUGUAUGUAAAUGCCACAUAGUGUGCUUAGGGUUAUUAAAAAAAAACAUAAUGGCAGCUCUAAACUCAGAGAAAAAUCUGCACUCUGGAUUGUUGCUCCUGCCAGAAGGGGUAAAUGUAACCCAAAAUGGCAUCUGGAUUUCAUAUGAUGUUGCCCAGAACAGUAACUGUUCACACAUAUACAUAAUUGUGGCAAUUACACAUAAUUGUGCAUGCAGGUUUAAAGCUGGUUUAAGGCAGUAAGACACAAAAAACACACUAAAAGAUAGACUCUCUUUAUAUGAAUUUUGGGGUCAAAUCUGUCUGACAUUAUUUUCUAAUAACCUCUGAAUGAUUUACUAUAUACAAUGCAUUGCAGACGUAUCCACCUCCUUUUAAUGAAGGAUGAAGUAAAGAAUAAAUCCAAGAAUUUUAACUAAUAGAAUGUUUUAACUUUUUAAAUGUUGAAUGAUUGCAAAAUGUCUUUCAUUUGCCAGUUAUAGUGUUGUGUAUUUUUUUUUUUCUUUUUCAUUAUAAAAUGUGAUAUGUUGGAGAGUGUUUUGUGCAUGUUUUUAAAUUCUGGCUGAAAAUGCAAACUUUUUUUAAUAGAAUCACAAUUUCUUUCCACAUUAUCCAGCUUGCAGUGUGAAAUGAUCUUAUUUUAGCUGUUUUUUUUUUUUAUUUAGGGUAUAAAAUUUGUUUGUAUUUUCAAUUUGCAGUAGUUUUUAUUAAUUCAUUUAUUAUUAUUAUUAUUAUUAUUAUUAUUAUUAUUGCCAGCAUUUUGUGAACAUUAAUAGACUUCUGGCUGACAGGUUUCUCGUAUUCCGUCCAUUGAAAUUAACCAGCAUGUGGUCGUGUAAUAGUGAUUAUUGUUUUUAUACAAGCAAUGAUUUGUUCACAUUUGUCAGACACUUUGCUUACAGUUGCAUGUGUUAUGGCAGUUUUUACAUAAAUAUUGUAACCUAGAUGGCCGUAUUGAUAUUUUGUAUUUUAUGCACUUGUUGAUGAAGUCUAGGGCACCUUUUAUCAAACAUUAGUAAAGUCCAAUGUGAAUGCA